UGUGUGUGCGCGCGUGCGUGCGUGCGAAAUUGUAUGUGUGUGUGUGUGUGCGUGUGUGUGUGAGUGUGUGUUUAUGCUAGUGUGCAUGUGCGUGUGUUUGGGGGGCCUGCCUCUUGGUUAGCGGUCGUGUUGUAGUCAUCAUCUUCUCUUGUUUGCGUCGGUGCUGGGUGGUGGUGGUGGUGUCAUCGAAGGUUGGCGGCGGCGGCGGUGCCGUUGACGGAGACGGAGACGGAGGCUGGAAUGAAUAAAUAGUUAGUAUCGGUAUUGGUACUAUAGUUGCGACGGAGGAUGUUCUGAUGGUGGUGGUUGGUGGAGGCGGCGUUGGUGGCGGUGACAGCAAAAGGUUUUUACACAGGGCAAAGUGACAUAUAAGCUAAAGGCAGCAGCUAAAACAAGGAUACCUUCAUUACGUAUGUUCCCAUGCUUGCUUUACUAACUCGACGUCGCAUCAUGACGUCCAAAUUCACGUUGGUCCUUUUGCUCUACAUCACUUUAAGGAAUAUACAACACACACUUGCCAGUGAAGAUUCGUGUCCUAGAGAGGAGAAUGUUAUAAACCGAACUUGCCUGAAGAGAUGUGAAACUCAUGAAGAUUGCGUAAGCAGGAAGAAAAAAUGUUUAUGUGACGGCAAGUGUGGUAUGAGCUGUGUUAAUAAAAAUAUCAGAUGCAAAGCUAUAAACACCAAAAUUUCCAAUGGCAAAGUAGUUAUCUUUCCUUUCAACCAAUUCGGUGCAGUAGCCAAGUAUUCCUGUGUGGACUCAUACAAGCUAGUUGGCCUCUUCAUGAGGGUAUGCCAAGGAGAUCUUUCCUGGAGUGGAGAAGAACCAGAAUGCGUUCUCAACACGGUAGAUGGCACUGAAAAAAACCAGUGCGGAGACCCUCCUACCGUACAUCAUGCUGAACAUGAUGGUGAUAAAAGCCUGAAGGGCUACCCAAAUGGUCACAUGUUGGAUUAUCGCUGCAAGAAGGGUUUUUCAGCAAGACGAGAUAGUGUGUUCCGGGCUUGGUGUGUUGGCGGAGGCGUAUGGGUUGGUCCCAAUAUGACGUGUUCUCAUGCUGGGUGUCCACUCCUGCCUCAGAUAGAGAAUGGGCGUGUUGAAAUUCUCCCGCCAAGUAUGAUUGCCUCCAAGGCUCAGUACUCAUGUUUCCAAGGAUUCCAUCUUGCGGGACGGGCCACACGGACGUGUCGGCCAGAUGGCACAUGGGACGGAAUGGAGCCGAGUUGCGAGAGAGAUAGAUGUGAAAUAGAUGCAAAAUUUAACAUGGUGGUCUGUAAUCAGCCACCAAGUAUUGAGAAUGCACUUCACAAUGCACCAAGAGAACAAGCAAGGUUCCCAGCCGGUACUGAAUUGAUGUACACUUGUCGUUCAACUUAUACGGCGAGCGGCUAUCAACGUGCUAUGUGUAAAGGUGACGGUACAUGGAGCGGACCUAAAAUGGCAUGUACAAAAUCUGAUGAUACAAAGCCGGAAACAGAUUGUAAGUAUCCCGGAGAGGUAUCCAAUGGACGACGGGAAGGUCAAGAUUUCCGAUAUCCCGCAAAAGUGACAUAUUUUUGCAAUGAAGGUUUCCAGUUGAUCGGCAAUCCUGUGCGAGAGUGCCAGAUAAAUGGACAGUGGUCAGGAUCUCUACCACUAUGUAAUCCAAUACGUUGUGAGAAACUUGGACCACCAUUAAAUGGCUUUAUUACUGGAUCAGGUGAAACGUACAAUACAGUUUUGCGUUUCUCAUGUCCAGAAGGAUAUAAGCUUGUUGGAUCAGCAGAGCGUCGUUGCAUGUCGGACGGAGAAUGGAGUGGACAACUGUCGCGAUGCCAAGUAUCUACGAAUGAUCCACAAGCACGCCCAGAAAAAAACUGCGGUCUCCCAGGCCCUUUAUGGAAUGGGUAUUUAGAUGGCCACAGAACAACAGUCGGGGCGGUGUUUUUCUUCAGAUGCAAUGUAAGAACAACAUUUGAUGGACCAUCAUUUUCCACACAAUGUCAGGAUAAUGGAGCAUGGUCCCAUCCACCACCGAAAUGUUGGGGUCAAUGUCAAGUCCCAUCCAUUUUAAAUGGUACAGUAAUGCACAGUCGUGAAGGUAUGUGGGUCGAUCACGAAACAUUCAUUAAUUUUCGCUGUAGAGAAGGUCUAGUUCUCAAUGAUACGUCAGAUAUCAAAUGCAUAAAUGGUUCAUGGACACUUAUUCCACGUUGCAUACCAGAGACGCAACGGUCGAUUUCUCCUGUCACCGCACCAACUCAGAAGACGGGAACUAUUAGCGGACUCCCAGAGGAAGAGGCUUGGGAGGCACCUUGCUCAGCUCAGCCGCCAAAUAUUGAAAAUGGAAGGCGUGUUUAUAUUGGAUGGAAGCAUGGUGAUAGAGCGAAAUAUAUGUGUUUUCAAGGAUUUCGCUUACGUGGAGAUUUACACAUGACAUGCAGAUUUGGACGGUGGGUAGGUUCGAGACCUUACUGUGAUGAGAUUUUUUGCCCAAAUCCCGGGAAGCUUGAAAACGGAAAGAUUCAUAAAAAGGGCCAAAUCGGGAAAUUUGAAUUUAAAGCCUAUAUUGUAACUAUAAGACAUGGUGAUCGUUUAUUAUAUGAAUGUGACCGUGGUUAUGAACUAGACGGAGCAAGUGGUGCUACUUGUGUUGAUGGAAAUUGGAGUCCAAUUGAUAAACCAGAGUGCAAACCAGGCCAGCAUCCAAUUUUGCACAAGCUAUGGAAACCUAUAGAGGAACAAGCUCAUUCUAAUCAGUAUUACUUGUAAUUGAGAAAGGAAAAUGAGAACGUCGUGGGAGACAUAAGAUGGCGAAAAGAAAAAAAUCAAAGAUAUAGAAGCUGAAAAAUAAGAUUAAAUACAUCAGAACUAAACACUAUACAGAAAUGGAUUCACAUAAUGAUGUCUGAUUUAACAUAAAAUAAAAUCAGAUAUUCAUA